GAAGAAGGGCUGCUUGGUUUUCUCCUGCCGCUUCCAUUCGUAGAAGCCGUCAGCGAGGAUGACACAGCGCUGUCCUUUCAACAGGGGAUCCUGAGAAAGCACAGCCCGUCACCAGAUGCUGAGGCCUGCCAGGAGGGAAGAUCGCAGGGUCAAACAAUAGGGCCUCGAGGUCACAGCUAUGGUCCAACAAUGCAGUCAAGCUUCACCUCCAUGUCGGCACAGUGUCCACCUGCCUUCUCUCAACCCAGAUAGACUAAAGACAGCCAAGGCCAUUGUGGGCAAGACCGUCAAGUUACAUAAGGUGUUCUCAGUGCAUGGCCCUUACCCGGUCAUCAGGGCUGCGCUGAGGGCUAGAGGCUGGGUGGAGAAGCGGCAUCACCACAUCUCCACGCGUCCCGUUAAAGACACCAGCUGUAAUGAUGACUUUGAGGGUGAAGAUGAAGGUGACCAAGGGCGGGAUCCUGACGGACUGUACGGUCUGAUGGUAAAGACGCAAAGAAAACGUACGAGGUGUGGCGCUCUGCUAAAGACUUCUCAUCUCCUCUCACAGUCCAGGCUGGUGCGGAAUGAACCGGUUGACUUCUACUGGACAAACAGGAGAGACGCCAUCAACACCAGCGUUUUGCAAAAAGAUCAGAUUAUCAACCAUUUUGCCAAAGCAGGCAGUUUCACCACCAAGGUGGGAUUGUGUGUCAACCUGAGGAGCCUCCACUGGUUUGACUCCGCCGACCCAGACACCUUUUUUCCUCGCUGUUACCGACUCGGGGCACGGGAUGAGAAGCACGCUUUCAUUGAGGACUACAGGAGGACAGCCUGCAGCAGUCUUCUGAAGUACGUUGUUGAGACGGCGCAGGACGUACACAAAAAGAGGGAAAAGGAGCCCAUUGGAGGUAUGACCCCCCUUUAUUAUGUGUGUCAGAGGACAUCUUGCUGUCAUUUCUCCAUUUCAGAACCACCUGAGAUGAUUCCGAAAAUGAUCGACACCGCUCUCAAAGUGUGCCAGGGUUUUCUGGAGAGUUUACAGCACGCUGACAUCGACACCAGCUCGGACCCGGGUCAAUCCCUUACAAAGCAGGAGUGGGAGGAGUUUAUCCGUGCCUACUAUUUGGUUGUUCAUGGCGGAGCUCAGGUUGAUGUCAGCGAGCGGUUAGUGGGCUGCUGCCGGGCCAUGCUGCACAGGCUGUCUGGGGUCAGUCCACAGCUGGACACAGACGGCAUACACAACAUCUGGAUCGUCAAGCCGGGAGCCAUGUCCAGAGGCAGAGGUAUCAAAUGUGCCAAACGUUUGGAUGAGAUCCUCAGCCUGGUGGACAGAGAUCCGGCUCUCAUCAAGGAAAGCAAAUGGGUGGUGCAGAAAUACUUGGAGCGUCCCUUCCUGGUGGAAGGCACCAAGUUCGACGUGCGCCAGUGGUUUCUGGUGACGGACUGGAACCCUCUCACUGUGUGGUUUUAUAGAAAGUGCUACCUGCGCUUUUCUACGCAGCCUUACUCAGUGGACACCAUGGACAACUCUGUGCACUUGUGCAACAAUUCCAUCCAGAAGCAUCUGAGGCCUUCUCAUCGACGCCAUCCUAUCAUCCCGGAAGACAACAUGUGGUCAGACGACCAGUUCACGACCUUUCUGUCUAGUCGGGGCCGCCAGACCCAGUGGGAGAGGGAGGUGGUGCCCGGGAUGAAGAAGGCUGUGGUUCAUGCAUUGCAAACGGCACAAGACCUUGUCGACUCCCGCAAGAACACGUUUGAGCUCUACGGUGCUGACUUCAUGUUAGGCCGUGACCUCCAACCAUGGCUGAUUGAAAUCAAUGCCAGUCCCACCAUGGCUCCUUCCACUCACAUCACAGCCCGCCUGUGUUCAGCUGUGCAGGAGGACACGCUGCGUGUGGUUCUGGACAGGAGAGCAGACAGAUCAGCCAACACGGGAGACUUCCAGCUCAUAUAUCACCAGGCAGCAGUAGAUGUUCCACAGUAUGUGGGAGUCAACCUCCUCGUCGAGGGCUUCAGACUCAAAGGCUCAUGUUUGCUUCCGCCGCUCAGGCCUCUCAACCGCUUCGACCCGAAGCAUCGUGGCAAAGUCACGGUCAAGAAGGCGAUGUCUACAGAAAAAUCGAAGACUUUCCCCAAGGUGGUGGAAAACACGACAGGCAGAGUUCCUCGUCUUCCUCCUGCUCUUCGUCCUUCCCCGCUCCCAGUGCCUGUUCCUGUUGGAACCUUGACUCUGCAUCUACCAAAGACCGGUCACAGGUCCGUGCAUGUACCUCUGAAUGCUUGCUCACACUCUGUCUUUCUUUGGAGACGGGGCGUGGAAGUUAAACCUCUUCAAUGACCUGGACGUGGGAAAUCUCGUUUUCCGUCGGCCAGUUUUAGGCUAAAAACAGGGUUCGUACUUUGACCAAAUGAGCGGCGAUUAAAAUGAAAGAUACAAGAUAGAUUGGAGACUAUAAAGAGCGAAACUUUGAUUCGAUGGCUCGCCACAACAUUUUUGACACCACAAAACUUGAAUAAUUGGGCUACACAAAUUCAGAUCAUAAUUAUAAUUGGUGCAAAUGAUGAUGAUGACUUAUGGAACUCAAACCCGGGUUGGUAUUUUUUGAUUUAUAUAUAUAUAUAUAUAAAUAUAUCAUGUUUUGGACACUCGGGUGAAGAGAGGGGCGGAGCUUUCUACCGAUCACCACCUGGUGGUGAGUUGGCUGCGAUGGUGGGGGAGGAUGCCGGACAGACCUGGCAGGCCCAAACGCAUUGUGAGGGUUUGCUGGGAACGUCUGGCAGAGUCUCCUGUCAGAGAGAGUUUCAAUUCCCACCUCCGGAAGAACUUUGAACAUGGCACGAGGGAGGUACUGGACAUUGAGUCCGAAUGGACCAUGUUCCG